AGCAACAAGCAUCAUCUGUGGAACCAUGGGGAUCAGCGGCAAGUAUUACAGUACUGGGUGUUCUGUAAGUAGUGGUCUCCUCCCUAUAUGCUUCUGUUUCUCCUUUAUUAUAUGUUUCUCCAAUUCCAUAGACAUUAUAUCCCACACCCAAUAUAUUAAAGACCCAGAAAGUAUAGUUUCCGCAGGCAGCCAAUUCAGACUAGGUUUCUUCAGCCCCACAAAUUCUACCGACCGAUAUGUCGGGAUUUGGUAUAACAACAUCCCGGAAUUCACAGUCGUCUGGGUUGCUAAUAGACAAGAGCCGCUUAACGAUUCGUCUGGGACUGUUAUGAUCGAUAGCAAUGGGAACCUUGUCGUCUUGAAUGGACGGAAAAAAGUUAUCUGGUCUACAAAUGUUUCAAACACUGCAAAAAGUUCAAUAGCCCAGUUAUCAAAUUCAGGGAACCUUAUCCUGAAGAAUGGCAAUAACAAUGAAACAGUAUGGGAGAGUUUUCUUCAUCCUUCAGACACAUUCUUGCCCACCAUGAGGCUUGGUACCGCCCUCAAAACGGGUGAGAAACAACUUUUAACAUCAUGGGAAGAUGACUCCCUCCCUUUGAUCGGUAGAUAUUCUGCAAGUAUUGUCCCUUUGGACAUUCCUCAGAUCUUCAUCUGGAAUGGCUCGUCACCGCACUGGCGAAGUGGUCCAUGGAACAAUCGGAUAUUUAUAGGGGUGCCGGACAUGCACUCUGUAUACCUCGAUGGAUUCAAUCUGGAAGCAAAUCCUAAAGAGGGCAGUGCGUACCUAACUUUCUCUUAUGUUAGUAAACCUGAUUUUAUGAGGUUUGUUUUGAAUUCUCAGGGAAAGUUGGUAGAAUAUCGUUGGAAUAAAAGAAAAAACGAUUGGUUUGUUCACUGGUCCGUCCCAAAUACCGAGUGUGAUGUUUACGGCAAGUGCGGGCCGUUCGGAAGCUGUAAUGCAGCGGAUUCACCAAUUUGUAGUUGUUUGAAGGGAUUCACACCCAAAUCUACAGAGGAGUGGAGUAUGGGAAAUUGGUCCAGUGGGUGUGAGAGGAGGACUCAAUUACAAUGUCAGAGAAAUAGCAGCAAUGGUGAAAAAGAGAAAGCAGAUGGAUUCUUGGCGUUGAAAAUGAUGAAAGUUCCAGAUUUUGCAGAUUGGUCUGCUGCUGAUCAUGAGAAACAGUGUAAAGAGCAGUGUUUAAACAACUGUUCUUGUAUUGCUUACGCUUUUGAUGACAACAUAGGGUGUAUGUCUUGGAGCAGAAAUUUGAUUGAUUUGCAGAAAUUCUCUAAUGGCGGAGUGGACCUUUACAUCCGUUUAGCUCAUUCAGAACUUGGAGCAGGUAGAAACGAUCCCAAAGCAAUAACUACAACUGUAGUGCUCGUAGUGGUGGUGGUGAUAGGAACAACUAUUAUGGCUGUCUUUAUCUACUUUUUGUUGAGGUGGAUGGCUACACAAAGAGGUAAUUUACUUAUUAUGAUAUUAAAAGAUAUAUUUUGGUCAGGAAAGAAAAAGAAAAAACGCGUGCUCUUGGGAGAGGCAUCUAAAGAAUUAUCUGAUAUCGACAUGCUUGAAGACAGGAUUAAACAAGGAAAAAGCAUAGACCUACCAUUCUUUUAUCUUGAGGAAUUGGCAAUUGCAACAAACAACUUUGAUGCAGCAAACAAGCUUGGGGUGGGUGGCUUUGGUUCAGUAUACAAGGGAAAGCUGUGGGGCGGGCAAGAAAUAGCUGUGAAAAAACUCUCCAAAAGCUCAGGGCAAGGCCUAGAGGAGUUCAAGAAUGAGGUUGUGCUCAUCUCCAAGCUCCAGCACCGAAAUCUUGUGAGGCUCCUUGGUUGCUGCACCCAUGGAGAGGAAAAGAUGCUGAUCUAUGAGUACAUGGCCAACAAAAGCCUUGAUGCCCUUCUCUUUGAUCCAGCCAAACGAACACUUCUAGACUGGAAGAAACGUUUCCAUAUCAUAGAAGGAGUUGGCCGAGGGCUUCUUUACCUUCAUAGAGAUUCCAGAUUAAAAAUUAUCCACAGAGAUCUAAAGGCAAGUAACAUUUUGUUAGACAAAGAGAUGAAUCCCAAGAUUUCAGACUUUGGCAUGGCAAGGAUAUUUGGUGGUAGCCAAGAUGAAGAAAAUACUAAGAGGGUGGUUGGGACAUAUGGCUAUAUGUCCCCUGAAUAUGCCAUGGAAGGUAGAUUUUCAGAAAAAUCUGACGUGUUCAGCUAUGGAGUAUUGUUACUGGAGAUUGUGAGUGGGAGAAGGAAUAGUAGCUUUUACCUUCACCCGGAUCCUUCAAACCUUUUGGGACAUGCAUGGAAGUUAUGGAACGAAGAAAAGAUCUGGGAAUUAAUUGAUCCAAUACUUGGAGAACGGUCUUCCCAAGUAGAAAUUUUGAGAUGCAUUCAUGUGGGACUUCUAUGCGUGCAAGAAUUUGCUAAAGACAGACCAACCAUGUCUAACAUAGUCUCCAUGCUUAGUUGUGAAAUUUCAACUCUCCCUGCUCCAAAACAACCUGGAUUUAUAGAAAGGCAGAUAUCAUCUGAUGGAGAUUCGUCGCAAAAUAACCGCAGCGUAUGCUCUUUAAACAGUAUUAGUAUUACAAUGACUGAAGGCCGGUAGAAUUAAUAUGGUAUUACUAUAUUUUCUUCACCUAUUUCCUUUUCCUCGUUUUUUCUUCUGGGCAUUUUG